CUCUCUGCUCUCGUUCUCUCUUUUCGUCAUCUCUCUUCUCACGCCAACUAUUGUCGCCACCAUGGACGGCCCGGCUCAGCCCGAGCGUCUGACGGCUCGCCAGGCUGCUCUCGCCGUCGGCAAGAAACGCAAACCCAUCGCAGCGGGACCGGAGGACGAGGAUGAUCAUGACGAUGACGGGGAUCGCAUGAGCAUCAGCAGCAGCAGCGGGUCGGAUUGGGAGGCCGACCGCCGCGGCAAGAAGAGUGGGCGUCACGCCAAGAAGACGAAGAUCAACGACGGACAGGCCAAGGGGAAGAAGGCCAGCAAGGCAACUAAGGGCAGAUCUGAUGCUACGAUGGCGGAAACUGACGACGUGGCGAUGCAGUGGGAGGGGAAAGUCUAACAUAUGACGUACAAUAAGGGCGCGUCACCCACUGUCUGUGUUGGUUGUGCGUGUGUGCGAUUUCUAUGCAGGUUCUGGAUGAGUUGAGUCCCGCCGAUGUGUUGAGUGCGCUCGGCGGCAUGGUGGAGAAGCUACAGGCGCAGAUACAACGCAUCGAAGAGGCAAAGGCUAAGGUGGGUGGAGGGAAGGGUGGGAACGGAUGUGUGCGUGUGUGUGUGCGGAUGUGUGUCGUGUCCGUCAGGCUGAGCGUGUGUUUGAGUUGAGGAUGGAUCUGCCGCAGCCCGAAUCCCCCGCACAGAACACACGCAUGGAGGUGCGCAACACCCAUCCAUCCAUCCAUCCGCGGCACACCGCAGCCAUUCACGUGUGUGUGUCAUUCCGUUCUCUUUCAUGCCAUGCAGGAAGUUGAUCGUCAGUUCCGUGUGUUGGCGUCUAUGGCUGUCCGCGACGCCGACAUGGAGAUGACCCACACCGACACGACGGCAAUGCCACAGGUCGAGCAGCUGGUCAAGAAGCUCGAGCUGCUGCAGGACAAAAUCGACAAAGUCCACCAAGAUGACGGCGAGGUACGCAGAAACACACACAGACAGACACGGAACAGAAAUGCACGCACGCAGGGAGGGAGGGAGGGGGGGAAGGGGACGUCGACACACCCACCCAUAUUUUCAUCAACGUUGUCUGUUUGUGUGGCCGUAUGACAGGUCGGUUUGUGUCUGCGGGGUCUGCCUGAGGCGUUGUGGACGACUGCUGGCGAGCAUUUGGGCCUGGGCGGCUUCCUGGGGCUGACGUCAUUCAUGCAGUCGCUGUCGAGUGUGAGCACAUACUUCCGAGCACUCAGCCUCCACAGCCACAUGCACCCUAUUGUCGAGCUGCACAAGUCGCCGCCUGAGGACAUCGCAACCAAACUCAUCGGUAACCCUGCACAAGCCACCCACAUUUCCUGCAGGGGCUGCUCUCGUGUUCAGGUGGCUUGUUGUCUCAUUGCAAGAUCCUUCGCGUCAACCAUCGCCCCACCCCGACCCUCGUGCGCAUGCUGGAGGGCCUUGCAGCCACGCUCGAGUCCAUCGAUCUGCAGGGCCGCGCCACGGGCAACCAGGGUGAAGCAGGGGCUUCUCAUCUGUCUGCUCACCCUUUCCCCUGUCUGCAGCGGGGGGCAUUCGUUAUCGCAGGGGGCGACCACAGCGAGUUCCUUUGAAGCUGGAGCGCAACAACGUGCGGGUGGUGUUCCCCUGUCUGCGUGAGGCGAGCGUCCGAGGCGGCUGGAACAACCUCCCCAGCGACCGCAACUAUGCGCUGCCUGUGUUGAAGUCGAUGAGUGUGGGCGAUACCGGCGAGUACGGGCCCCGUGCUUGGCUCGACGCCGCAGUGGUCACAGCUACCUUCCAAUCGCAUCCACAGGAAGGGAAGGAGGGAGCUGUGACCACGGCUGCGCGGUGGGUAUUGCGUCGUCUAUUGGUGUUUUCUCACGUCAGGCUGACCCCAGCUGCAGCCGUGAGGUGGGGCUCGAUGCGAUCGCUGACUUCCUCGACAUGAAAUCAGGUGACGUACAUAGCAUAUGGGAAUGGCCACACAAGACGGUUUGGUCUCAAUGCAUACCUCUUUCUACGUAUCAGCCGAGUCUUUGGUGUCGCUGACUGGUCGUGUGGCCUUCCGUCGCACUCAUGUGCCGCAGGGGGGAUACUAUUACCAGUACUACAGUGAGGAGCCCAUCUACGGCAACGCCGGCAACUUCGCCAACCGCACGGGCCGGCAGCUGCGCAAGAUCGAGAUGGCCAUCGGCGCCGCUCCGUACUCAGCCGACUUCAUUCAGGUGGGUCGCCCCACGGAGACACAAGAGCUGAAAUGAUGCAUUUCUCCAUCUUUCCCCCUUACUUCAGAAGCUUCACGAUUUCCGCACGGCAUGCGUUGGAGCCGGCGCGAGCGAGAGCUACUACAGCCGCUUCAUCAACCACACCAAGCAGGGCCUCGGAGUCCACCUGCCCUUCGUGGGACCCCGCAGCACCCUCACUGAGUGCCGCUCGACGCUCCACGCAAUCUGCGGCGAAGCCGUGGACGUCACCCUCAACUCACACUCGCACGUGACCGUGGCCGAUCUCGUGAUGGGGGAGGCAGAAGACGACCCUGACGUCGGCCAACUGAUGUGCCCGAAGGCCAAGCACAUGACCAUCCAGCCCUCGACGCAAGACCAGAGCCUCCCCCUCCCUGACUAUCUUGUGACUGAUCCUUCCUCCCUCUUCCCAUCUGUCGAGUGUGUUGUGGUCAAGCAAGAGCAUAAGGGCAGUCAGUUCUAUGAUGGGGGUGUGGAUCGUGUGCUGGGUGCACUGGGUGGCUCGCUGCGCAAAGUGAGGGUUGAGCUGUCUGUCCCUGGCAGCCAGAAUACUACUCUGCGGUUCGUGCCUGAGGCGAUGACUUUUGUUGCGCCUCAAGGCAGAGAUCUGUCGUUGUCCGUCCGCUGGCAGCUCGACAGCAAUCCUGCGCAGACCCCUUCUGUUGACUGGUCGUUGUGGGGCGAGGGCGAGGGCGAGGAAGAGGGCAGGGAGGCGAUGGGGCGUGUGCGCAGUGUUGAUCUCGAGAUGCGCACGUCGCUGCACACUGCAGAAAGCAAGGCCAUGUAUCGCUCCCUUGUCGCGUGUGUGUCUGAGGCCUUUGCUGCCUUCCCUCGCCUCGAGUGUGUUGUCGUGUCGGAGUCAUUUGCCCGCUUCCCUCUCCUGCCCCACAUCAGGCAGGCGGCCAAGAAGAGAGUCAGAGUGUCUGUGGGGAGGGGGGAGCGAGGCGAGUCAGUGGAGAUGAGACCAUAUGACGCCGAGUGAGAGGCAAGGACAGGAAGCCGCGGAGCAUACCGUCCCUUCACAAGACGAUUGUUCUAUGAGUGCACAUGAGUGUUCCGUCGCAAAGGGUUUUCUCCCUUCGUGGGAGUGCAUGAUCUUCUCCUCACCAAGGGACAGAGAGAGACACACAGACAGACACAGAGACAGACAGACAGACACUCCUUCCCCUCCCCCACUUGUGUGUGAGGCACACGAACCAUUCUUGUGUGUGAGAUGGACCCGUUUGAUUGCACAAUCGCAUGCAUGAUGCCUGAC